AAACUAUUCUUUUCUGUUCUUGAAACUGAAUCUGAAGUUGAAGGCCAAGAGAGAAUGGCCCAUUAUAACGAGUACAAAAAGGAUGAUGAAGUGGAGUUUGUCCAAACCGGCUAUGGGAAGGAUAUGGUCAAAGUUCUCCAUAUUCAGCGAGAUGGAAAAUAUCACAGCAUCAAAGAGGUGGCAACUUCAGUGCAGCUUACUCUGAGUUCCAAAAAAGAUUACUUGCAUGGAGACAAUUCAGACAUCAUCCCUACAGACACUAUCAAGAACACAGUUCAUGUCUUGGCCAAGUUCAAGGGGAUCAAAAGCAUAGAAGCCUUUGCCGUGACCAUCUGUGAGCAUUUCCUUUCCUCUUUUAACCAUGUCAUCCGAGCUCAAGUUCACGUGGAAGAAGUCCCUUGGAAGCGUUUUGAAAAGAACGGAGUUAAGCAUGUCCACGCGUUCAUACACACUUCCACUGGAACGCACUUCUGUGACGUUGAACAGAUGAGGAAUGGACCCCCAGUCAUUCAUUCUGGAAUCAAAGACCUCAAGGUCUUGAAAACAACCCAGUCUGGAUUUGAAGGCUUCAUCAAGGACCAGUUCACCACCCUCCCUGAGGUGAAGGACCGCUGCUUUGCUACCCAAGUGUACUGCAGGUGGCGCUACCACUGCGGCAGGAGCGUGGAUUUUGAUGCUACCUGGGAUACGGUCCGGGACAUUGUCCUGGAGAAGUUUGCUGGGCCCUAUGACAAAGGCGAGUACUCGCCCUCUGUGCAGAAGACCCUCUAUGAUAUCCAGGUGCUGUCGCUGAGCCAUGUGCCUGAGAUAGAAGACAUGGAAAUCAGCCUGCCAAACAUUCACUACUUUAACAUAGACAUGACCAAAAUGGGACUGAUCAACAAGGAAGAGGUAUUACUUCCAUUGGACAAUCCAUAUGGCAGAAUAACUGGCACAGUCAAGAGGAAGUUGUCUUCAAGGCUGUGACACUGUGGCCACCAAUAGGAGUCCACUCUCAUCUGAGGAAUUCUUGGAAGUCCUUUGUGAUCCUGGAGAUGACAGCAUGUGCCCAGGCACAUUUCAACCUAGUAUACUGAUUUUUAGGGGUCAUUUUCCUGCUGUAUAAAAUCAUCUAUUUCUUCUACACCUAGCUCAGCAAAGCAUUUUGUGGAUUACCUUACUAGUGAUUAUAACAUACUUUGUGGCUAUAGUUUACUUAAAAAACAACACUAAACAGUAUUAGAACAGUCAUAAAUCAAAAUUUCUUUGGGGUUGUCUUGUGCCAUCCUGUCUUAGAGAAGCUUUAGAAUCAAUUCAUUCAGAAAAUAAUCAUGGAUUAAUGAGGGCAUCACAUCAAUUAAUUUGUCACAAUUUUAAGGAGCAAAAUAUCGUUUUCAUCCUACGGUGCUUCUGGGUAAUGCAGAAAAUGUAAUAAAAUCAUAUUGAAAAAUA